AGCGCUUCCUGGAGCGGCUCGGCAUCUGGGACUACCUGCGGCGCGUGUGUGCGCAGCCCGUCGACACCGAACACCCGAGGGCGGCCCUCGCUCGUCUUGUCGGGGCGCCCGCAUCCAUCAAAUACGUCACUGAAGUCGACAGGUAUGGCCCCGCGGUGGGCAAGUUGUACCGCUGCACAGUGAGUGUGGAUGGAGAAGUCGUCGCCGAGGUGCGUGAGGUCGCGUCCCCGGACGACGCCGCGACCAUUGCGGCCGCGAUGGCGAGGCGAGAGAUCCUUGCCGGAAGAAAUGCCACAGAAAAUGCUCCAGGCUAAUGGUGCUGGAGUUUUGGUUUUGUUUGCAAAAAGGGGUUGCACGGGGACGUGCCGGGGACUCGGAGGUGACGCUGGGUUUCUUGCUGCUUUGUCGAAGGCAACACCGGCAUGGACGUAUCCUCCCGUUCUUACGUCGCCCAUAAUACCGAUACCAACGUGGUCGCUGUCCACUCCCCCACAGUCCGUCUUCUUACUCCUUACUUGGUGUUAACACUUGCAAUACCUCCUGGGUAACUUUUCGGGCGUGGGAUACCAUGGAUUGUACUCGCCACUCUAAGGCCAGUAUCUCUUCAAACCGUAUCCAUCGCUUGUAAGGCCGGAAACACCGAUAAGACCAACAAGGGCGGUGGAGGCCGGCAGCCCAUCGGUAAUUUUGGUCCGACACAUCAGGAGGUUAAGUUCGAAGACCGGUUCGCUGAUGGUGUCCGCUUCCGCUGGGAUUGUGAUCAUCAACCAGAGGCAAGGGGCGGGGUUAAUAUGACGGGAAGAGCGGUUAGGCUAGGAAUGGCUGAUUACACAGAAGAGCACACUUACCAGCAGUUUGACUUUAAUUACCGGGAUGUCGGGAGCAGCAAGUCGGAAGAAUAUAUCUCCGUAGUGACGUCACAUAGCGCAGCCUCGCGCAGCCUCGCGAGGAAUCCUAC